AAACUGAGACCUUUAGACAGAGAACGUGGGGAAGAGAGACGAGGAAGGAGAGUGAAUGUGAGAAGAAAAGAGAAAAAAAAAGAAACCACAGGCGGAGAGAGGAGAGCCUAGGUCUGAGUUAACAUUGGCUGCAUUGUCUUCCUGCGUUGACAUACCUCUCCGUGUUCUGUGUUCACAGCAGGAAGCCGGGGGAAGAGAUGAGUUGCUGCUUUCCACGGGAACACUGAGAGGCUGCCCGCCUGCUUGGCUGGCUGUGCUGCCGGGAGAACCCGUCCACGUCCCUCCCUUUGUCUCUCCAUAAUUGGCAACGGCAGGUUUUCACAGCCAGAGAGGACGAAAGCGGCGUGGAGAUCUAAAAGGAGCGGACAAAGGAGUGAGAAGAAAGGGAAAAGAGAACAGAAGAAGAGGAAGGGAAGGACAGCCUUGUCACAGUGUUUUGAAGGGGGAGACAAAGCCAGAGGCUCAUAACAAAAGUGCUGUAUGGGAUUUGGAAUACAUUUCCUUGUCUUGUCAGUGACAUUGGUGUCUUCUCAUCAGCACAACACCACGUCGGAUUCUUUGUCAUGUGUUGGGAAUGCACAAAGGAGCACUUUAGUUUCUACCUCUGAUACAUUCGCAGCCGUCCGGGAGUCAAAAUCUCACAUAAGUGGAUGUUUUUUAUGACAUUCAUGGGGUAAAAUCAUCACAGCAGACUGAAAAAUUGUGUUCAAGGUCCUAGGCGUCUCUGAUCAGGUGUACUGACUCUAGACCACAAGGAUUUAACACAGAUAUAAGAGGAACCUGGAGGCGGACAUCAUUUUCAGUGCUGGAAACAAUCCCAGAAAAGUUGUGCAAAUCAUAUUUUGUGAUACUGGAACGGCUUACUCGGUUUGCUAUAUGAACAUUGCUAUAUGAACAUUUGAUGCAUCCUGUCCACUGGUGUAACGGGUGUCUAUGUAACCUUGGACUGCAGAACUCUGAUCCUUACUGCAAGAUGACAUCUGAAACAUUGUACGAACUGCCGCUCAACGUCUACAUAAUCAUCCUGGGCAUUGGCCUCUUCAUCCUCAUGCUCAGCCUCAUCUUCUGCUGCUACCUGUUCAGACUGAGGCGACGAGGUGCUAGAGGGCAGUACGGCUACAACGAGGUUGUUUUAAAAGGAGCGGAGAAGAAACUGAGCCUACUUGGUCAAACAUGUGCGGUGUGCUUGGAAGAGUUUCGCAGCAGGGACGAGCUUGGAGUGUGCCCGUGUUCCCAUGCUUUUCACAAAAAGUGUCUGCUAAAAUGGUUAGAGAUUCGCAGCGUGUGCCCCAUGUGCAACAAGCCUAUUUGUCGCCUCCAGCCUGACCACCAGCAACCAGUGCCUCAGAGUCUCCUGGAGGUCUGAGAAUAGAACGUACGUCCAGCAGCACUCCACGGCUCUUCAGUCAAUUGACCUGUCACUGUACAGAAUCCUGUUCCACAAUCUGACACACAGUACUUUUAGUAAUGUGAGUAUUUUUGAGGCAGAGCUCCUCUGAAAGUGGAAAUAAAUAUAAAUAUGAGAGGAAAUAAGGAAAGCCAAAGAACAUUCCCGGCAAACUAAAUAAGGCGAGAGUUGGGAAUUGUAAUCACAUUUAAUCUGUAUGUAGAUGGGAUUCAUGAUAGAGUUGCAGUAGGUAGAAAUCAACCAAAGGCAGAAAAAAAGGAGAAAGUUAAAAAAUAGCCAGCCAUCUCCUAUGGCUUUCCCAUCGUUGGGGUUCCUUCUACCAGAUGAGCACAAGAUUAUGUGCCCAAAACAAGGUAACUUCACUGUUAACAUCAUACAGAAUUCAAACCUCUCUCCUACGUGAAUGUCCUGCAUGUUCCUGCUUGGAAUUCAUUUCUUUAGAUAAAAGGUGUACAUUUUGCAAAAACAUGGCUAAUUUAGUUUGGUGUUAUUCUCUCUUUGUGCAGCCAUGCACAGCUCCGAGUGCUCUGGGUAUGUUCACCCGUUGGAAGUCCCAUUCAUGACUAGCUUUGUAGACACAAAACAGAAAUUCUUUUAGUCAAACUAACGCAACCAUGAUAGCGAUGAUCAUCACUAUCAACAAUAGCUGGGUAUGGCCCAGAGACCAGAAAGCUCUGUAGUGGAGGACUUGUUUAAGGCCGAAAAGGCAUAUCAAGUCAGAAGUUAGCACCAAGUUUUUCAGUUUUGGCUCUCUUCAACUUUGUCCUCUUUUCCCAGCUGACAUCAAGUGAAGUUUAACUGUUUUAAACAGAGGUGGAAGAGAUUCAGUGAGCAUCCACCUGGGCACACCAAGAAUUAGCAAUCCAAGCGGAGCAGACGUGGAGGGAGAGAGAGGGAGGGAGGUGCAGCACUUCACAGUGGGAUAAUCUGGAAGUCAGAUUUAAAUAAAGCUACUUUUUAAUGGUGUGGUCACAGAAUUAUUACUUCACCUCUUGGCGAUCAACUAAUCCAGUCUGUGCGGAUCGCCUCGACGAUCAGGAGCUAGCUUUAUUAAAGCCUGAAAACAAAACCCAGAGAAAGUGCAGCAGUCCACUUUCCUCUGUGACUGCUGGAUUACAGCAUGCUGGGAGGUUAUCGAUUUUCUUUUUUCCAUUGUUGCCAAAAUGAUUUUGUCCACUGUAGCUUUAACACAGUCAAGCCAGAUGUGUAAACUAAUGGACAAGUGCCUUCAAGAUGCAUACAAUGCAAAGCCCACUAAAAACAGAUGAAGUAUUUAAGAGACUUUGUAAUAUAAAAGAAAAAAAGAAACUGGAUUUGAAGUGAAAAAUGUAGCAUCCAUGUAGUUUUGCCCCAAAAAAAAAAUCCGACAAAAUAACAACAACUCAGACCACAAAUCAUGCUUCCCUUCAUCAACUUGUGAUGACAAAGUUGUGACGAUUCGUGUUUAAAAUUCAGUUUGCUGGUUAUGGUGGAAGUGACGGUGCUACGUGUGAACAGUGAAUGUGAAACUUGUCAGACAUAAGUCUAAACGUCAGACUUCAAAAGGCUCCAGUUUAAUAUAGACACAAGUUUUGCUUCAGGUUAAUGUUCUCUGGCUCCAGCCACCAAACCUUUGUGCAAUUUAAAGACAGUGUCAUCAUCAGCAGUAUAUGAGCAGGAUCAUUAGCACAUUGUAGAGAUACCAGCUAGAGUCACUAGUUAAUGCAAACUUGCUGAUCAAGUGGGGUCACAUAAUAUAACUUUAAGCACGGGUCCUUUAGUGCGUCAGCUGUGCUGGGCCCUCUGCAUGCUGGGAAUGUCAAUGUGCAGUGUGACUACUGUAACUGAACUAAUGAGAUUAUUUCUGCCUUCAGAGCAGCUCUGCCUCUGAGAAAUGUUUGUAUGACAAACUCCAGUCUGCUUGUUGUUGUUUUUUAACUUUACCCAAAAAUGACAUGCAGCUCCUUGUGAAUAUGAUUUGCUUUGAUCGUUUGCUACAUUUUCAUAGAGCCUGAGAAAAAAAACGUACAGUCUCUUGACAAUGUUAUGAAGAGAUCUGAACCUCUUUUGUCUCAGUGUGAUGAGAUGACGAUGAUGAUGAUGAUGACGAUGAUGAUGAUGAUGAUAAUGAAUGCAGAGACUGUAAAGAAAGUGCAAAAUGACCAACAGGGCUGAUUUAACUUAAGGAAAUGGGAUUAUUAUGAACUAACAAGAGGAAGAUGUGUAUUUAUUCGGGUGUAUCUACUAUUUCUCAGUCAGCUCCAUACUAUUGGGUUGCCAAGCUGAGUGAAGGUAGCCAUGUCCCAAAUGACAAGACAGUUGAUUCAUAUAGGCUCUGAUAGAAAAGAGCUGGUUGUUCAUCUACAGCUAAGGGUCUCGAGUGACUCACCCACUAAAAUAUACCUGAUUUUGAUAUUUGUUCUUCUUCUUCUUUUUCUUUUUUUUCUUUUUUUAAUCAUAACAAGGUUUCAGUAAAAAUAUACUGUGAGUCUGUGAUGACACAGCACUUUUACACGAGUGUUAACAUGAACUAAUUCAUCUUUAAGGCAAUCUUAGCUCCCCAUGUCUGAAGAGGUACACUUGCUAAAGUAAGAAGGGACUGCAGUGACAUGAAAGAGCCUGUCUGAGAACAAGUGAGGUACAUCAUAAAUAUAAUUCUCUGUAUUCACCAUGUUAUACAGGUUAAGUACUGUGUAAACUGUAACUAUAACUGUUUCUGACUUCUAAAAUAUAUUCAGUACAAUCAGCUUUUUGAUAAAGUUGUCUGGAUCCACAUCUUUUUUUGUGUAGAUUUGUUACAUGUACACAAUUAAAACUUUUUAUUUCUA